CUCGCCUCUCGGCUCGCCUCUCGACCGCCCCGCUCCGGCGGGCCGGCCACACGAUGGCCGGCGACAAGUACAUGCGGACGCCAGAGUCGUUCCAGGCAGUGCUGGACCGCUUCAAGAAGGACCGCGCCUGCGCUGUGCUUCGGACGCCGACUGCGGAGAAGUGUGCUCCGGCGAUGGACGCCGCGAUCGACGGUGGCUUCCAGAUCGUCGAGUUUACGCUGACCACGCCUGGCUGCCUCGACCGUGUCGCGGAGUACCGCGCAAAGUACGAUGGGCUCAAGACGGGCAACGUGAUGGUCGGCUGCGGCACGAUCAUGGAUAUCGAGGACUGCAAGCUGGCCCUCGACGCCGGCGCCGAGUUCAUCGUCGCGCCCGUGCUCGUCCCCGAGGUCGUGACGUGGUGCCGCACGCACAACGUCGUCAUCAUCCCGGGGACGCAGACGCCGUCCGAGGCGUACGCGGCGUACAAGGCGGGCGCGCCGGUGCAGAAGAUCUUCCCCGGCGUCGCUGGCGGCGCCGCCUGGGUCAAGGCAGUCAAGGGUGCCCUGCCGAUGCUGCAGCUCAACCCGACCUCUGGAGUCGACCUCGACAACGCGGGCGACUUUGUGCAGCUCGGAUGCUCGAUUGGCCUCGUCGCGCCGCUCUUCCCGCCUGACGUCAUCGCCGGCAACAAGUGGGACGUCGUGCACGCCAACGCGACCAAGGUGAUCGGCAACGUCAAGGCGGCGCUGGCGUGAGCUCGAGUCGGACGCAUGGACGUGGGAAGGGUUGACUUUGGGACUCUGUGGUGGGGUAGCUUUAGCGGGCACAUGCUUGGCCGGCUGGGCGGCGAAACGCGUCCAACCUCCCGCACCGCCCACGACGCAUGAUGUAUGUGCAUGGUGUGGUGUGCGUUAAACAUGUUCUUUUCUUUUCCUGCUGUGCCCGUGGUGCGUGGUGCUAGUCCGUGCCCGUCUGCU